AUGUCACCCGGCUGGGUCCCCCUCGCUCAUGCUAAGGGCCGGCAGGAGACGGGGGGCAGGCGGUGCAGUCAGCCUCGAAGCACUUCCUCACCACCCCGGGCCCCAGCCAGCGGCCGGGUGGCUUUGGCGGACCCUGGGGACGCCGCCGAGGCUCCCCGACGCUUCCUCUCGCCGUGUGCUCCGCGCUUCUCUCGCCUUUCGCUCCCGUCGCCUUUCGGCCCCGAACCGCGAGAGGAGGCCCGGAAACCGCCGGGCAACGGCAAGGGCUUCGGGGCUCUCUUUUUGUUUUGCCCCCCUGCCGCUCUCGGGCCCUCACCCAGCGCCGGCGACACCUCCAAGCCAGGCACUAUGGCGGACGCGGCCUGGCUUCGGGCGAGCGCCCCACUCCGGGGUCUCUUAAGCAGGGAUUGCACGGGCGGCGCGCGCGAGGCGGGGCUGGCGUGCGCGGAUAGGCGGGCCGGGAGGCGGGGCCCGCGGCGUCACAAAGCGCACCGGCCCGCCCACGUGACCUCGCGCUUUGUGACUCGGAGCGCGGAACCUGAACCAGCCCGGAGAACGAAGGAACCAUCUGUCUCAAGAGGAAGGGGGCGCUGCACGGAGGGCCAGCUCACCCGGCGGCUCCGGAGAGGGGUGUGUGUGUGUGGGGGGGAAGCUCGGAUUUCAGCUGCUACGGUGCUUGUUAGUCUCCGCGGCAAAGUGGGGUGCCCAGGGGUGGCCGGCUAA